AGGCGUGUUAGAGCAAUUGCACUGUGGUGUCGUAUCUGUGAUCAGUAGCUAUAUCGGGUGAAUGUCGUACCGUUGAAUCGGGAUUAGAGCUUUAUCUUCAUCUCCUCGGUUACUUCUAUAACAGUGGUGGCUUGCGUAUAGUCAUCAUGAUGAACGGAAACGUGACUAGGCACCCAAAGCUUUCAGUUAUGCAACCGCUGACCUACUAACACACAUUCGAGGCCGGCGAGAGGAGAGUGUGUGAGUGAGUAAGAGAGGAAAACUGGAGCAAGCCUCCGACAUAACAUAAGGACGAAGAGGGAGGGCCAGAGAGAGACACUGCGAAUAGCACCACAUUCAGGGAGUCACAUUAAUCGACACAAAGCCAGUGAGUGGAUCACGACCCACACGGGACAUUUUCAGCACAAACUCAAGUUGGAAAGGGAAGAAAGAUCAGGACUGGGACAAGCAACAGCACACAGAGGCGCGGAAGACCGGUCUUUUGAAAAAUAAAAGCGGAUUAUUUUGGUAAAGAAGGGGAUGCGAUAUUUCACUUAGAUCUGCUCAACAAAGACUGGAACAAAACAGUGAGCUGAGACAGAUUUGAUGAAUGAUCAACAUCUUUAGGAAGGUGCCUGAAAAAAACGAGGUCAUUCUCCGACAGUAACCCCAGCUUACACGACCGCCGUCAACCAUCAAUAACAAGAUCUAACUUGGCUUCAACAGUUUCAGGAGGAGCUUUGCCAGGUCCAAGUUAACAAACUUGUAUUGUCUUCAAUCAGACAGAACUGAAAGAAAGCUAAACAAAAAAAGGGCACGUUCCCUUUUCUGGAAAGAGAAACUCAAGAACAACCUAUCCAAUGACGGAUGUUUUUGUUGAAUUUCAUCUUUUUCUUAUCUUUUUGGACAAGAAACUGGACACUUGAACAUAUAAAAGACUGGUUAGAGAAGAAAAUAACAUCCAUCAGAACUCUUCCUCCUUGGAGGAAUACAGAACCGCAUACAUCGUUGUGAAAACUGACAACUAAGUGCGUUUUUAAAGUAUUAAUCACAAAUUAAUCCUCAAUUGUAUUACUUUAAAUUUCAAUGUCCACUCAGUGCCAGUUAUACAAACUGGCCUCAAUAGGAGCAUAAUGGAAAGCCUAAAUCUACCUACCCAAAACAAUAGUGCCAGCUUGGAAACUUUAGAAACCUUCUCAAACUACAGCGAGAGUUUGCCAUCUCCUCAAAUCGCCAGCCCUCCACGUCAAGGCCGACUAAUAAAACCAAAACCCAACACAAGCUGUCGGCGGAAGCGUGAGUUCAUCUCGGAUGAAAAGAAAGAUGCGUCCUACUGGGAAAAACGGCGCAAGAACAAUGAGGCUGCCAAGAGGUCAAGAGAGAAGCGCCGGAUCAAUGAUAUGGUGCUGGAGAACAGGGUUUUAGCACUGAACGAGGAGAAUGUGCGACUGAAGACAGAACUCCUGCAAUUGAAAUUGAGAUUCGGUCUCAUAAGCUCUGCCUCUUAUAUGGAGAAAACCCAGCAGAUCAACAAUGACACAGAGGUGGCAGCGAAUGGUGCUAAUGGUACCGAAGCAACCUCGGUAAAUUCAUACUACUCAAGCAGUGGAUAUUCCAGUGCUUCUCAGGUCAUGAUGAACUCUGAUUCCUCAGAGGCUGAGCAGCCUACCAGGAGUGAACGGCACUCAACAUUACCCAAGUACUCCCCCCGUGGAUCACUGUCCGACAUGUCCGAUGGAUCAUCGCGGGACAGCCCUGAACCUAUAAACUAUGACAUCAAGCAUGAGAGCUCUGGAAUGGAUAUCAACAGGCUUGAGGCAAGCGUUCUUAAUGGCAUGUAUAAUGGCCAUCAAUGUCUUGCACGAUUGGAGACUCACCAACUGCAAGAAAUGGAGCAACAAGAAGGGGCCAACACCACAGCCCCUCCAUCUGCCACGCCCCAGAGAAGUGUCAUCCUCUUCCGUUCUGGAAACAGCUCCUACCCAGUUGAGAGCCAAAAUGUUGAGGACAUGGAGCAGCAGGUGGUGUCCCAACUGCAACAAAAUGGGCAAAUCACUCACUUUACUCAAACAGGGUGCAGUCUAUCUAUCAGACAUGAUGGUUUAGAGACUCUUUCAGAAGUGGCACAGCAGCUGGCCAGGAGGUCUUUGGAUUCACGAAAUUGUGAGUUCACAAAUGGCAAAGCAGAUGCCAGGGAAAGCCGGAGGUUUGUCAUUCAGAAACACGACCUAAAUGUUCAAGGACAAGGUCAGGUGCAGGACAGCACCCCAAAUUCUUUUGCCCCAGAUCUGUUCAAUGAAUCUGGAAAAGCCCAGCUAUACCAGCGCUCAAAUGUCUACCUCGACACUCUCAAUGAGGAGCCCCCAGUGCUCAUAUAUGAAGGCUGCCCAAGAACAGAUGGAUUCUACCAAGAGCACUCAUUUUCAGGCAAGGAUACCUCCUCUAGUGACGGAGACCCUCGCAGCUCAGAUAAGGAAGCCUCCACUGAUGAUGAAUCGCCCUCAUCCUCUUCCUCUGAUACUGGUUGCUAUCAUGCCAUCCACCAAUCAGCACCCUCACCAACCAUGGUCACCAAUGAUGGUUGCCAGUUUGGAGACAACCAAGGCGAAAUGAAAGGCACAGCGCUGCCACACAAGCUAAGACUCAAAUACAGAGCACUAUCCAACAGCAGCUCCCAGGAUGUCCACAAUUCAGCUUCAACAGCUGCUACAUCACCUGAUUCCGUUCUGCCUCAGCACCCGUAUCUGGCACUAGCGCAGGUUAACCAGCAGCAAAGCAGCGGUUCUGGAAGCAGGGAAGGGGAGAGUGAAACAGCAGAUGAACUUUGCACACAACAAUCUCCUUGCAGAGAGAAAGACGAGGGAAGGAAGGAAAAUGGGAAGAGGGGCUCAGGUGGGCGAGGCAGAAACAAGAAACGUGACUGAGACUGAGAUCCUUUAAAUACAGUUAAGACAGGACUUGAUAAAUGUAAUUUUUACCAUCCUAUAGAGGGAAAAAGAAAAGGUACAAUUACUUGCAUGAAAAUCUAUUACUUAUAUUUAACACCAACCAGAAAGUGUAACUUGUUUUGUUCUUGGUCUGUUUUCUAAUCAAGAACAAUUGUGUGACCUUUUAAUGCAGCUCUGUUCUUUCACUCUUUCAAAAGCACUUAAUAGUAACUCAAAGAUACAAAGAGGAAAUUGAGCUCUUUCUAAUGAUAUUUUUCCUCUUUCAAAAACAAGCCUACAAAAUGACUCUGUAUAGCAAACUUUGACUCCUUUUUACAUAUCUCUGCCAUGUUUGGUAGCUUAGCUCAAUGAACGGGUAGUUUCUGAACCCAGUAUGUAGUUCUCUCCACAAGUUCAUGGAUUUAAGGACACAAGUACUUUUCUCCCUACUGAUUUCAGAAGGAAAACCUCAGAUUUAUACCUGUCUCACUCCUCUCCUCUGCCUUUGGACUUUAGCAUUAUUCAAGCACUUGGAUUAUAUAAUACUGUGACAUGACUAAACAUAUCAUAUUUCAGUAUAUUUUAUAAGAAACAAAACAACAACAUGUCAAUCUUUAAGAGUAAAAAAUUGGGAGAAAGAAUAUGAACAGUCUACUUUGGAUUCCUGUAUAGUCCUGUAUGUUCAUUAUGUCUGAUGCUUCCAUUUAUAUUUUUAAGUCAUCAUACUCAUCUCACUGUAUCGCAUUGAUUGAAAAAUACCUGAAUGUUCUUCUCAUAGUGUUUGUCAUUCAUAGGUCAACGCUAACUAGUGAAAAUUACUUUUCACCUCUUGUCCAUCACCUUACUGUAUUGUAUCACUGUAAAGGAGGCUGAUGGAUUGACCCUCUGCAAAGGUCACUGUGACCAAUUCUUUUUUUAAAAAAAACAUUGCAAUCUAUCUGACAUUUAAAAAAUUAGAGUCAAAGCCCUUUCAGAAAUGUCAAGGCAGCCUCUUCUGAGACUGCGCUAACAUGCAGACUGUACAAUGUGUAAGAUAUAUCAUUGCCAUCUUGAGAUGGUCGUGUCCUCUGUGGUCAGGUUUCAGAGAUGCCUCACAUGCUACCUCAUAAGAAGAAAUAGUUGAGGUUACGCAGAACUGAAGGGUAUCUCUUCUUCUUAAAGGGGAAUGAGACUUUGGUGCGUGUAGCCCAUUACAUUGUCAUACCCAACAACAGUUACCACAGAGUAAAAUGCUGCACUCAGUAGAGGGUCAUAGACACAAAUUUAGCACCAGUCCCACUAGUUGUCUUUGUAGAACUUACCACAGCUAAAAGCUGUUUCUGCACUGAUUUUUUUCUUUCUUCAGAUUUUAUACAAUUUGUGUUUAUUGUUCCCAAACAGGUGCCUGGCACUGGCCACUAUGUAAAAAAUGUACAGACAAAUUCUCUUUUGAGUAUUUUAAGUUUGUAUCGAGUUUAUUUUGGCAUUCUAUAAUAAUAAUUAUUAUUAAUAUUGUAUUUGGUUUUUUUGUAUUCCAAUGCUACUAUAUUUCUUGGGGGGGGGGGGGGGGGGUAUUUUCUUGUGUAUGUUGUGCAUUCACCUCAAUGUGAUGCAGUAUGUAUGUAUUUUCAUGUCCUGUUCAUCUAUUUCGCCUCUCUACCCUGGUGUAUUGUUUGGUAUUUACUGUUUUCAGAAAGAAAAAAAAAGUUUGUAAAAAGGGGAGGGCGUACCUGUCCAGGUGCUCAGAUUGACACUAAAAGAGCGACAAGAAAAAUAAAACAAGUUGUAUGUU